UUGCAUACUUCUGCAGUUUUUGUGUAUUGAAAAAAAAAUUGGUUGUAGGAUUUUUGCGUAUAACUUGGGAUUGGUCUUCUUCUCUGUUGGCAGCUGCACUAAGAUGGCAUCAUCGGAUUCAUCUUUCAUCGUUGUCGUCAUUUUGCUUCCGACGCUCCUGACCCAACAUGCUCAAGCUUGUCCAGCCGAGUGCCGCUGUUACAGUAUGACCGUAGAGUGCGGGUCCAAGGGUCUGAAGAACAUUCCGGCCAAUAUCCAUCCCUCCACUCAGACUGUGUUUCUGCAGGAUAAUGCAAUAUCUCAGAUCCAACAGCAGGACCUGUCUUCUUUAUCAGGCCUCCAGUAUUUGUAUAUCCAGAAUAAUACCAUCUCUGGCCUGGAACCCGGAGCCUUCAAAGCUCAGCAGCAUCUGGUGGAACUUGCUCUAAAUGGAAACCGCAUCCAUCUUAUCAACAGCAGCAUCUUCAAAGGACUGGAUCACCUGCGGGUCCUGUACCUGGCAGGAAACCAGAUCACCAGACUGCUGGCAUACACAUUCUCGGACCUGCAGAGACUUCAGGAGCUGCAUUUGCAGGAGAAUGACAUUGAGACCCUCCAGGAGCAGGCCUUCUUAGGACUUUCAUCCCUCGCCCUGCUUGACCUCAGCAAGAAUAAUCUGCGCACCAUAAGUCGUGCAGCACUCCGGCCUCUGAUUAGCCUGCAGGUGCUACGACUAACAGAAAACCCUUGGAGAUGUGACUGUGCCCUACAUUGGCUCCGGACAUGGAUGAAAGAAGAAGGAAAACGUCUUCUAACUUCUUUGGACAAGAAACUCAUCUGCUCUGAACCACCGAGAUUGUCCCACCAGAGUUUGCUGGACAUUUCCGGGAACAGCCUUGUCUGUAUCCCUCCCAUAGUCCUCGUAGACCCUAUGGAGCUUACAGCUCGUCUAGGGGAUGAACUUCGUGUCUCUUGUCGAGCUACGGGAUAUCCUCAGCCACUGGUAACUUGGAGGAAAGUCGCCCACGCUCGCUCAAGUCCACAGAGAGGUAAUUUGAAGUCCACCAGCAGCAGAACCUUUGAGUUGAGCGAGAGAAGUGUAGGGGAGCAGUUUGACUCUGACACAGGAAGCGGGAUGCUCUUACUGAAUAAUAUCACCAUGUCUCAUGCUGGGAAGUACGAGUGUGUGGCUUCUAAUCCUGGGGGAACGGCAAAGGUCUUGUUUCACCUGACGGUCAACCUGUCCAAUCAGCAGUCCCGCUCGUACACGUCUGUGGAUAUCAGCCAAGAGCCUCUGUAUGACAUGGAGAGCAUGGAGUUCACUGCGCUUAGCAUGGCCACUCAAACUGCCAUUGCCAUUGGCAUCUCCUUGCUGGCCAUGACUGCCAUGCUUCUGAUGGUCAUGAUCUACAGAAAGCACCACAAAAGAAAAAAGUCCAAAAAGGAGGAGAACAUCCUGUACGUCAAUGACUAUUCAGAUGGGCCCACAACGUUUGCCCAGCUGGAAGAGUACAGGGAUGAACGUGGACACGAGAUGUUUGUCAUAGACAGAAACAAGGCUCAUUUUCCAACCUACAAGGACCCCGAAGGGCUGAGCAGCUUCACCGCUCUGACAGAGCUGACUGACGAUCUGCAGGAGCAAGGAACUCAGACGCUGGAGGAGGAGGCUGAGCGGCAGAUCAAUGACAUUUUCAUGAACCAGAGCUUUCUGUUCCAGCAGCAGAUCGCUUAUGAAAUACACUGUUAAAGAACAAUCUAUUUCGAUGUGCUAAAGGUUGUAGUUGUGAUGUGUCGG